AUGCGACGACUAUUUUCUCUUCUCCGUUCCAUUUUCUCCUUAUCCGCUGUGCUUAGCGCUGCUGUGGCUCCAACAAACGAUGAUAUUAAUAUUCAAGUCAAGGAAAUGACUGCUGUACCCCGUGGAUGGACGAGAAAAGCACGCGCCGCCGCCGACCUUCCCAUUCGCUUGCGGAUAGCCCUCGUUCAGCCUGAUUUUGCUGGCUUGGAAGACGCUUUAUAUCAGAUCAGCGAUCCUGACCACAUUCGCUACGGUGACCAUUUGUCUAGGCACCAGGUCGAAGAGUACAUCACUCCUUCCGCGGCCAGCUUGACUAUGGUCGACGAUUGGCUCGCCUCAUUUGGGGUCAAUAUCUCCAACGCCGUCCGCUCUUCGGCCAAAGAUUGGGUCAGUGUUAUAAUCCCUGUCAGGCUUGUUGAGCAGAUGUUAUCGACCGAAUACUAUUCAUGGGAACAUACCAGUGCCACGACUUUGGUCCGUGCAACAAGCUACAGUCUCCCGACUUACCUUCAUGACCACAUCGAACUCAUUCAACCGACCACCAUAUUCGCCUUGUCGCACAAUCUACCCUCUAUUAUUGAUCGCACCGGCCGCGACAUUGUGGCGCCGCCACCGCCUGCAUUGCCGAGUUGCAAUGGGCCGCUGAUUACCCUCAGCUGUAUAAUGCAGCUCUACGAUGCUGCCUGGUAUAAGCCCAGAGCGACAAGGAAGAAUGGGAUUGGUAUCACUGGUUUCCUUGAACAGAAUGCCAAUCGACGGGAUUUGGCGGCUUUUUAUCGCGACCAACUGCCCGCAGCUGUCAAUUCAACCUUCAAGACCGUGCUCGUGAAUGGUGGUAAGAAUAACCAAUCGAUCUCGGCCGCUGGGGAGGAAGCGAAUCUCGAUACCCAAUUCGGUUUUGGUGUCGCUUAUCCGACACCAGGAACGUUUUGGUCAACUGGGGGUCACCCACCCUUCUCCCCAGAUACACAUACGCCCGUCGACACUAAUGAACCUUAUCUUGAUGUGGGCGAACACUGGUUUAACCUUCAUUCAAAUGAUGUUCAUCUGCAGUGGCUCGAGCAUGUCCUAGGUUCCGAUCAUAUUCCACCGACGAUAUCAACCUCUUAUGCCGACGAUGAACAGACGGUGCCUUUUACUUAUGCCAGCCGCGUUUGUAAAAAAUUUGCUGAGCUUGGCUGUCGGGGUUCAACGCUUGUAUUUGCUUCAGGCGACUUUGGCGUUGGAGACGGUGUUUCCGACCCAAACAGUCAAACUUGUUGGACGAACAAUGGCAAGCCCAAGACCAGGCAUGCUCCGUUGAACUGUUCUUUUUUUCUCUGUCUAAACACCCCCAGAUUCAUGCCGGCUUUCCCCGCAUCGUGUCCAUUUGUGACUUCAGUGGGAGGCACUACAGAUAUCCCAGAAGUGGCGGCCAGCUUUAGUGGGGGAGGCUUCAGCGACUACUUCACAAGGCCGCGAUAUCAAGACGAGGCGGUCAAAGGCUAUCUCAAGCAGCUUCCUGAACGGACAUACGAAGGCCUAUUCAAUCGCGCGGGUCGCGGCAUUCCAGAUGUCUCUGCGCAGUCACGCAAGUUCAGGAUUUACUUCCAAGACGAGCCUAUCUCCAUUGGGGGUACAUCUGCUGCGACGCCAGUCUUUGCGGGCCUGGUUGCAUUGCUAAAUGACGCACGCCUUGCUGCUGGGCAGCCUUCGCUCGGCUUUCUUAAUCCACUCCUGUACAAGCAUCGAGGCCAUGGCUUCACGGAUGUGACCUCUGGUAAUAAUCCUGGCUGUGGAACUGCGGGGUUCAAUGCGACUGCAGGCUGGGAUCCAGUUACUGGACUGGGGACACCGCAGUUUAGAGAACUAUUGGGACUUUUUGUUAGUUAA